AUGGUUGAGGGCGCCCGGAUGAAGGGUGGCAACAUCUGCCAGAAGAACGGAGGCACCAUCGCCCUGCACCGUAAUGGAGAGGACGCCACUGAACCGGUGCAGGCGUCUGACAUGAGCAUGACAGAAGAUCAGAAGUCCACACGCUCGAAGCUGCUGGGAGUCAAGAGGCCGGGCAGCACUGCGUAUGGGGUGUAUGAUUACCAGCGCAUCUCCUCAACUGUGUCUCCUCUGCCUUACGGUUCCAGUCUCGCCAAACAACCUCGCUCCACCUCGUCCUCCGUACAUAGCCAGAAACGAAGUCGUGACUGUCCCUCAUCCAGGAGCUCCAGACCUCACUUGUCCAGCAAACCCAAGUUGAAGAUGGAAGAGCUGCAAGUGAUAAAGCGAGAGCUGACUGUAAUAAAGGUGCAGGUCGAUGGGCUGUUGAACAGUCUGGACAGGAUGGACAGACAAAGACAUGGGUCCACAGGUGUUGCAACUUCACCUUUAUCUCAGGAUGGGAGUUUAGGAGGCUUGUUGUCACAUCCUUCAGUCAGCAGUCCAGAAGCUUCUCCCCGAAGCCUCAGUCCCCACUGCAGGCCCCGGAGAGACAGUCCUGAGCUGGGAGAGGCCAGCGAUGAUGACACACUCUCCACACACUAUGAAUCGGCUCAGUUCUGA